AGAUGAUGAAAAUAACUGUUGUCCUUGCCUGUUUGGUAGCUAUCUCACAUGCCGGUAUGUACGGUAGUAUGAUGGGAGGUUUAUACCCUGGUAUGCUCGGUGGAUUAGGUAUGAUGGGAGGUUAUUACCCAGGCAUGAUGGGCAUGUACGGUGGUGGUAUGAUGGGUAUGUACAGUGGGAUGAUGGGAGGAAUCUACCCUGGUAUGCUUGGUGGAAUGAUGGGAGGAGGUCUUGGUAUGCUCGGUGGAAUGGGUAUGAUGGGAGCUGGUAUGUCUCCAUAUGCUGGUAUGGGAUCAUUUGGAGGUCAAAUGAUGAAUGGAGUGCAACCUGCCCAAACGUCAACACACUUCAGUUUUAAAUUGGUGAAGGAACGCACCAAAGAUAGCAAGACAUUUUCAAGCCAGAUCAUGGGGGAAUUGAGAUAUAAUAAAUAGUAAUUAAAC